AUGUUGUGGCACCACGAAUGUAGCCGUUGCGUUCGCGUCGUGAGUCAAACGAACCAGUCGCGUAGUGUCACCGGGAGGAGAGGACACGCUCGCUUGCGUCAAAUCGUUCGUCGUCGUUCGUUGAAUACUUACGUGUUUUUCCUGAUGGCCUCAAAAAGAAACAAAUUGAGCAGAGGCAAGCCAACAUCUUUGUUUCGAGAUGAUGAAUCUAACCACGAUCCAUAUUUUGACGAUGAUGGUGAAUAUGGUUCAGACCACAAUUACGAGCUCGCUGAUGAAGGUGAAGAUAGCAGCAGUGACUACAGUGAAAUUUUCGAUGUUCAUAGAAGUCGAUUUGAACGGAAUAGACAAAGAAUUGGGUCUAAAAGCGAGAAGUCGUAUCAUAGUUCUGCUGGCGAUCAAAGCGAUAAUGGCGAGCAGUUAGACCAGAAUUCUGUUAAUGAAAGAAGCUUUGAUGAAACCGAACAUUAUUCCGACAUAAGCGAUUGUAGCAUUUUCGAUCACUAUCAAAUUUAA